AUGUCUGCCAAAAAGAAGGUGUUGCUGAAGGUCAUCAUCCUGGGUGACAGCGGGGUGGGCAAGACGUCUUUGAUGAACCAGUAUGUCAACAAGAAGUUCACCAACCAGUACAAGGCUACGAUUGGCGCCGACUUUCUGACUAAGGAGGUCAUGAUCGAUGACAAGUUGGACCAUCAGAGGCGAAUCAUGGUGAGAGCGCGCCGGGUCCAGAGGAACCAAGGUCCUCGAAAAGCCCGGGCCUUUGUGAGGGUAAAGGUGAUUCAGGGCAAUCCGCUCACGGAUUUCGAUGCGACGCUCCAGCACCUUGACCGGGAGCUCACGGCGAUGUUCGAUGAUGCCUAG